GGCAGAUAGAGAAAGAGAAUGACUUAUUCUUGUGCUCGAAUUUUUCUUCUUGUGUUUCUCUCUUUUCUAUAUUUGGCUAAGGCAAACAUUCGUCACUACAAGUUCAAAGUAGUGAUGAAGAACAUGACCAAGCUCUGUUCAACAAAACCAAUAGUUACCAUAAAUGGUAAGUUCCCUGGACCAACUCUAUACGCAAGAGAAGACGAUAAUGUGAUCGUUAACCUAACCAAUAAAGUCAGCUACAACGUCACUAUCCACUGGCAUGGUGUGAAACAACUAAGGACAGGAUGGUCCGAUGGUCCGGCCUAUAUAACUCAAUGUCCGGUCCAGCCUGGAGGAACUUUUGUCUACAAUUUCACGCUCACGGGACAACGAGGAACGCUUCUAUGGCAUGCUCAUAUCUCGUGGCUUAGGGCUACGGUCCACGGUGCUAUAGUCAUUCUUCCCAAACGCGGUGUACCUUACCCGUUUCCUCGGCCUCAUACCGAGAAAAUCAUCGUUUUCGGUGAAUGGUGGAAAACAGAUGUUGAAGAUGUGAUUAAUCAAUCAACACAAUCCGGUUUACCACCAAAUAUCUCAGACGCUCACACUAUUAAUGGACUAACCGGUCCAAUAACCGGUUGCAACAAUUCUCAUGGAUACACAAUACACGUUGAAACCGGGAAGAGUUACCUGUUAAGGAUCAUAAACGCUGCAGUUAACGACGAGCUCUUCUUCAAGAUCGCACAACACAACUUAACCGUCGUUGAAGUAGACGCAUCCUACACUAAACCGUUUAAUACCGAAACGCUUUUCUUAGGUCCAGGCCAAACCGGAAACGCAAUCUUGACCGCUAAUCAUCCCACAGGAACCUUCUUAAUGACCAUUUCUCCCUUCAUGGACACCAUUGUCCCUGUUAAUAACGCAACCGCAACCGCCUUUCUGCGUUACAAAAGCACAACAACAACACAAUCUUUAACUACGUCCAAGACUCCUCCAAUAAACGCUACAAGCAUCGCUCAAAACUUCUCAGACGCUCUAAGAAGCCUAAACUCACACGAUUAUCCGACCAACGUUCCUUUAAAGAUAGACCACUCGCUGUUCUUCGCUAUAGGAGUUGGCGUAAACCCUUGUUCCACGUGCAUUAACGGAACCAAGAACAUUGCGGACAUCAACAACGUUACCUUUGUGAUGCCAACGAUGGCUUUGCUUCAAGCACAUUAUUUCAACAAAAGCCAAGGCGUUUUCACCGAUGAUUUUCCGGGGAGACCGUUGACGCCGUUUGACUACACCGGUGGUAAUAAUAACAGUACUCCGUUGAGUAAUCUUCAGACAAAGAACGGAACAAAAGUGUAUAGACUUGAGUUUAAUGCAACGGUUCAGAUUAUUAUCCAAGGGACAAGUGUUAUAGCGCCGGAGAGCCAUCCUACGCAUCUGCAUGGAUCGAACUUCUUUGUGGUUGGUAAGGGAUUAGGGAACUUUGAUCCGUUGAUGGAUCCUAAGAAGUUUAACCUCGUUGAUCCGGUGGAGAGGAACACUGUUAAUGUCCCUACCGCAGGGUGGACAGCCAUUCGGUUUAUAGCAGACAAUCCAGGUGUUUGGUUCUUUCAUUGUCACUUGGAAGUGCACACAUCUUGGGGACUUAAAAUGGCGUUUCUUGUGGAAGACGGCAAAGGUUCUAAUGAAAAACUUCCACCGCCUCCAAGUGAUCUUCCCAAAUGCUGAAAGAGAUCUUGUUCGUCUAUUGAGCUUUUGAGAAUUGUUUGGUUAUUUGUACAUUAAAGAAAGAGUUAAUAGCCUGGAAAGCUAAGACUUAUUCAGGUCUUUUGCAUAAUUUCUUUCUAUUUGUUCUUGUUAAGUUUGUACAAAAAGUAUUUAUGAUUGGCAUUUGG